ACGACUGAACAGCAGGAGUUGUCACUUGUCACUAUGGGUUGUUACUUUCCGUUCUUCGGAAGCUGAAGCUCAGCAAAAUUAUUCAACAUAAUUGCAAUGCUGGACUAGAGACGACUUGAGUCGAGCCAUUGUCCAUCCAGCCUGUCCACCGGGACAAACAGGCUUGGCUCCUCACCAUGGCUCACUAUUCCUCCUCAUCGACCGCUUGCUGUCGCUGCUGUCCGAGGGCAUGGCGAUGUUCCCGCUCCUCUUUCUGCACCCUGGGUCUCGGCUUGGGGUUCGUCAUGUUGGGGACCAGUCGCAUCCUCCUGCUCAAGUUUUCUGCCAAUUCAGAGAACAAGUAUGACUUCCUUCCUGCUUCUGUAAAUCUGCUAGCAGAGGCCAUCAAGCUUCUCUUCUGCUUAGCCAUGUCUGUGAGGGUAAUCAUUCGAGAGGAGAGAUCGUUCAGAGAUCUGUGCUGCUCCUCCGGCUCCUCGUUCCUCAGCUACAUGAAGUGGUCUGUCCCGGCAUUCCUCUAUUUCCUGGACAACCUCAUCAUCUUCUACGUCAUGACCUACCUCCAGCCCGCCAUGGCAGUGUUGUUCUCCAAUGUUGUCAUCCUGACUACAGCUGUGCUGUUCAGAAUUGUGCUGAAGAGGCGCUUGUCCUGGGUGCAGUGGGCCGCCCUGGUGAUUCUCUUCCUGUCCAUCGUGGCGCUGACCAUGGGCACGGGGGACACCCAGCGCGCCAUCGCCGUGCCCGGCCUGCACGUGUCUCCCCUCUCCGCCCCCUCCAACAGCUGCCUGGUCUUCACACAGCAGCAGCUGGAGCUCCGCAACCACACCCUGACCGCCGCCGCCGCCGCCGCCGUCACGGACGACCCGGCCUGGACGGAAGCGGUGGCGCGGCGUCUCCGUCACUUCGGCGUGGGCUACGUGCUGCUGCUGGCGCAGUGCUUCGUGUCGUCCAUGGCCAACAUCUACAACGAGAAGAUCCUGAAGGAGGGCGACCAGCUGACCGAGAGCAUCUUCAUCCAGAACGGCAAGCUGUACGUGUUCGGCCUGCUCUUCAACGCGCUGGCGCUGGCCGUCCGCGCCGAGGACCGCGCCCUCGUCUGGCACUGCGGCCUGCUGCACGGCCACAACGCCUUCUCGGCGGCGCUGGUCGUCGUCACGGCGGCGCUCGGCCUCUCGGUGGCGCUCAUCCUCAAGUUCCGCGACAACAUGUUCCACGUGCUGACGGGCCAGAUCACCACGGUGCUGGUCACUGCGCUCUCGCUCUUCCUCUUUGACUUCCGGCCGUCGGCCGACUUCUUCCUGCAGGCGCCCGUGGUGCUGCUGGCCAUCUACAUCUACCACGCCAGCCGCGCGCCCGCCGACCCCGAGUACGCCCUGCAGCGCGAGAGACUGCGCGUGCUCAACGGCGAGGUGCUGGAGAGGUCGCGAGGGGAUGGCGAGGAGCUUGAGAGGCUGACCAAGCCCAACUCUGACAGUGACACGGAGGAAGAGUCCCUCUAGCAGACGUGCUGUAAGAUGGUAACAUGGAGGACAGAGUCUCUCUCUCUGACAGACAGCCGUGGGGGAUGUAAUGGACCUUUCUGUGGGAGCCCUGGCUCUACCUCCCUGUUACCAGCUUCUCUUGGGGGUAAUUAGACACAGUGGUGGUUAUCGUGUUGUAAAUUAUUCAGAAAAGUGCCUGUACAUAAUGCUUGGUGUACAAAAUUAUAUGGUUCGAGAGAAAGUGUGUGUGUGUGUGUGUGUGUGUGUGUGUGUGUGUGUGGAUGUGGAUGGUGGUGAUUGGAGAAUAACCUUAGUCUGAUGCGUGGGUGUGUGAGUAGAAUAGCCAUAAUUGAAUUUGGUGUGUUUGAGGCGAGGGAACAAUGGAAUGCAUUGACCCCCAAAGGCUUCAUGAAAUAGGACAAAGGGAUGUUAUCAUUACUGUUUUAAAACUGCAUAAAUGGUUGUGUGGAACAUGCUAUAAUUAUGCUAAAUUAUUUGAAUGUUUGUAUGAAAAAGGGUUCAGUUUACUUAACAGUUUUGGAGCAAAUUACUUACUUAAAUGACAUCAUUGCAAAUUACCACUGCACUAUGGUGCCAUGUGUAUAUUUGCUAAUGUCUAUUAACAUUUCCAGUAUUCAUAUCCACAAAUAUCUUGUUCAGUGCCUGUUUGUUUAAUUCAGUGAAACUCUUGAAGCCUGUCAUUUGUAGACAGCAUUAUGGAUCUCUUUUUGAUACUUGUUUCCAUGGUUUCUUUGUUUAGAUACCUUAUAAAGAGCACAAAUUAAACCUACUGAAGGUGACAUGUACAAUCGGCAGGAAUGUUGUGGGGUAUGUCAGGACAUAUUGGCACAAUUGUAUGGUUUUAAUGAUGAAGGGCACAAUAAAUGAAUAUUGAAAUCUCA